ACCAGCGCGUUUUUUUCUAGCAAGGGGAUUUAUUAUAUAUACGUAAGUGUCUCAUAACUAAAAGUAAAAGUUUAAGUUGGUCGCGCAGCCGGCACAUUAGUGCGUACAGCCUAGCUUUAAUACAUUGUUGACAGCUACUAGUGACAUUUUAAAAGUCGAGCUUAAAAAUCAAGAACAACAUCGAAACUAAUUUCACGAGAAACAAGCCAGACUUUUGAAUACUGGCAAGGGCGUUUAUCAUGUAUAGAAAUCAGCGAGCCUAGACUGAUACAACUUUCCACGAAAAAAAAACAUGAGGAAAAACCUAAACGUCUCUACGACGCAAGAACGCGCGCUAGGUCGCGGGGUGGAGACAGGAGUCGGCAACGGCAUGCAGCAGCACAGUAACGUCCACGUAGGAACAUCAAACCACAUGGUUCCACCCCUACCCCCGACUGCUCUUCCAGAAACGCCCGACAACAAGCUCCUGGACGAGCUGUCUUUCCAGCUGAAACCGUGGAAACCGAUCCUGCUGCGGAAGUCUUCUACAACCGCAGCUGCGACGGCGCCGACUGCGGGUGGCGUUGCAACUACGAACAGCGGGGGGAAAAAUAAUUUUGUUCUGGAAUUGCUCGCGGACUCGAGUGUUAGCUUGGAGAAUAUGCAAUGCAAAAGUAUCGUACUGGUAUAACUUGCAAUACAAAUUGGCUCAGCAUGACGAAUGCAUUUGUCAUGCUGUUUUUCCUUGGGCUGGACGAGAUUUGUAAUGCAUGACUGCGAUUACUACGAGUGCGAUACUUUUGCAGAGGAUAGAGAAAUUGCAACAGCAAUUUGUGUAUCAAAUGUAAAAAUGUCUGGGUCUGGAAACUUGUGAUGCUCGGUGGCGUAUCAUGAGGAGGCCGCAAGUGCUGGCUCAGCAUGACAAGUUUCUGAGCUUCUAGGUGCUGCCUAUUCUGCAUGACAAAGUGCCAUUCUGCAUGACAGAAAAGUUGCGCUCUUGGGUAACGUGCAUGACAGAUCUGAGAGUCAUGCCAGACAAGCAUGACAAACAUGCAUUCUUCCAGACCCAGACAUUUUCACAAUCCAUAUUGUGCUUUCGAGUUCCAGCACCUCCGCCUGGUCGUUCUCCUUUGCGAAAACCUACAGUUGUACGGGCACAGGAGGAGGGACUGCUGGUAAUGGUGAUGCUCCUGGUGGUGACCAGCAUCAAGCGUUAACCGUCGUUAUCGCGGUUCUGAACAAGCAGAGCACCAGCGCAGCUAAUAGUAGUACAACCAAAAUGAUCCCGAGGACACCAGUUUCCCGCCAAGAAGUUCGGCUUUGGUCGAACCAAAACUUGUGGCGAAAGCGGGGCUGGUUGCUGAUCAAGCAAUACCGGGAGAACGCAGGGUUUGUGAACGAGCUGCUCCUAUCAAGUGUAAAAAUGUCUGGGUCUGGAAGAGUGCAUGUUUGUCAUGCUUGUCUGGCAUGACUCUCAAAUCUGUCAUGCACCUUACCCAAGAGCGCCACUUUUCUGUCAUGCAGAAACGCAGUUUGUCAUGCAGAAUAGGCAACACCUAGAAGCUCAGAAACUUGUCAUGCUGAGCGAGCACUUGUGGCGUCCUCAUGAUACGCCACCCAGCAUCACAAUUUUCCAGACCCAGACAUUUUUACAUUUGAUAGCUCCAAUUGUGGGAAACGUUUUACGAAAAGAAAGUGUUGCAGCUGCACGAUAUUAUCGAUGAUGAUAAGGACAACGCCCGUUCAACAUCGCAUCACGCUCUGCAGCUGCACUGGGGCAGCUACGAAAUGUGCCUACUUGUGUUGUCGUUUCUGCGGUUCGAGAAUUUGAUACCGGAUUUGCGAGCGGCAAGUGGUGGAACAAGCGCAACGCCCCCUACUGGAUUCGGAUUGGCGGGGGCAUCCAAUUCGGACAAAAUCGACGGUGUCUGCACUGCGUUUGACGGAAACUGGAGCAGCGUGGGUUCGCAGUCGAAGGAAGACGCGGAGUGCAGGUACUAGUAUUUAUUACCUUGCGAAAACUCUACCGCAUUAUCUUUCUGUGAUGCCAUGAUAUCACGAGGAUUCACACAGAAGUACAACUGUAAGAGUAAUUUCCUAGAAAUACCGGAUAUAUUUAUAUGAUAUUUUUUGUGUAUCAGGCGCCGUCUCGACACCAUCGGCUCCUCCGCUUCUGGGCUUUUUUGCCGGUUGGUUCGUUUUCUCACGCGAAGGGCGGAGCAACUUUCUGAUAACAUGAAGCUGAACAAAGGGAAUAAAACAAGGCAGAUCCCCCUUCUCUCCCUCGACGGCGACCAGGAAGAGCGGCAAUCGCCCUGUCUACUCGCUGUCGCAGAUCCGUUUUUGCCCGUUCACAUCGACAGCGAUGCUAAUAUGACGCACAGUGGAAGUACUAGUGCAGGAAUGAUGUUGAGUAGCAGUUCUCCUUCCCCGCUCUUGAACAACAAGCAGGAGAGUAAAAAGAUGAUCUUAACCUGCCCGAUCGACGACCAUGAAGGGUUUUGCUCCUCCAACGACGAACCUGCUGCCACGGAUGACCAAAAAAGUACUUCUUCAAAAAUGAAUCCGAAGAAGCUGAAACACAACUUCGCAGUGAAGUUCGAAAAAGUUCUUCGAGAGACGCACAAGAUCGUGAACGGUACGGAUGACAUCGCGAAGGAGAAAUUUUUCCGGGUCGAGAUGCAGCUGCAUUCCUACGUCGGGCUUGGCGGGAUGAAUAGUGCUUUGGCGAUGUCGAAAAUUUUAUCGAGCUCUUCUUCUAACAGUCUUAGCAGUAAUAAAGAUGUCCAGAACAGCAAAUCGAUCCCACCUGCAGUCCCUGGACUUCUUCCUCCUGCUGGCUCUUUAGUAGUUGGUGCAACUUCUACUACAGCAGCUGCGCCAAAUUACUCCAAAACUUCCGGGUCUGCUUCCCCGGUGAAGAACUUGUCAAAGGAGGAGCGACAACCGAGCAAGGUGGCGUCAUACGAUGUUUUUAACCCGACAAGCAGCACGAGUUCUAGUACCAGUGUCGUCGUUGUGCCAAAGAUGAAUGGCGCACCAGCAUCUUCUUCUUCAAAAGAAGUCGUGGCAGCAGGUGGACCACUUCCUGUAGAAGUUCCUGCUUUGAACAGUAGUACUGCUGGUGGUCUUGUUCCCAACAGCACGUCGACGGUUAAAAAUCUCUCUGUAAUGAAGCCGGCAACUUCUACGAGCGCGGCGGGACAACCACAAAUUCCCGCAGCAGCUCCACCCGCCCCGGUAGUUACAACCAGCACCGUUUCAUCGGUUCUGCCACCAGCUGCUCCUGCUCCGCAGAAUAACAAUAAGUCCAGUUUUGGUUUUAUCCCGCGAAAAAACUGUUUCACUGUGAUGGUCUUGCAAGAUCUGCAUCACAAGUUUGUUACACAUGACACAGAAAAUUUGCCAUGCGCGCUUCCAAAGGAAAAACACCGCUAAAGAGUCCUCGAGGUCUUGCAGGUGUGGCAAGACAAAUUCAAAUAGUUCUGUCUUCCAUUCUAUGCAUCACAAGUUCACAGUGAAACAGUUUUUUCUCGCGAUAGGUUUCGACUUAGAGCUCCCCUCGCCAAUGUGCUCGAAGCUGAUAGCCGUGCAGAAAACCUCCUCGAGCGAAAACUCCUCGAAAAACGGAUCCGUACAGAGCUCGAAAAACAACUCCUUGCAGUCGUCACCGAGAAUGUUGAACAAUGGGAGUCAACUGGCGCAGGGUGCGGCGCAGGAAAAUCAUCCAGAAGGAACUUGUUCUGGUGCAACGACUUUACAAUUACAACCUGGCGGUGCACCGGUGCAACUGCCUUCAAACACGACUGGCGCACCAGAAGCUCCUCCUAGUGCAGGAAAGGCAAAUGAAUCGACGGAUGUUCUUCAUGGCGCGCCCAAUGCAAACAACAACCCGCCAGCCAGUCCGACCAAAGCGAAAUUGUAUGUGGCUCCGCACUUGCGCCGGCAGCAGGUCGGGCAGAAUCAACAAAACUCCGCUGGUACUGCUCAGUCAGGAACUGCAGGUGGUGUAGCUGGUACAACAGGAAAUGCUGAGAUGCUGAACAGCACGACCACCAGCGGCCAGCACCAGCAGCAACACACUUCUUACCAAGCUGGACCUGGAGCGUACAGCAAUUUUAACCCGACGCCGGGGCAUGGUCAUCACAAUGCGCAGAUGAUGAGCUGCAACUACGGAGCUUCAGCGUACGACCAGAAUAAUUACCACCAGCACUACAACCACCACAGCUACAACACAGCAACAUCUUCCACCAACACUACAACACAAAUAUGAGGGCGAUUGGGCCGUUCACUCUAAAAAAAUCAAAAUUUUUUUCUUAGUAUGUUUUGAUUGCAGUUUUUAGGUUUGAAGUGCGACGGUUUGGACGCGCACUCGGGCAGGUUCUCUUUGCGGUCGGGCGAUGUGACGGUGUGGGUGAUAUCAAGAUGAGAACUAGCUACAAGCUCCAAGGUGAACAAGUUUAUUAAGCAUUCUGAAUCGGUAGAAAAUAGAAGGUAACUAGAAGGCGAUUAGCUUGCAUUCUGGGAUCCUAUAUCCAAGAAGGUGGGCCGCCCAACUGCCUCGGGGCCCCUUCAACGGGAUGCCGAAAGUUGUGUGCUUUGAAAUGGCCAUACCAUCAAGGGAAGCUCAAAAAAGCUGCACUUUUGAGGUCCGACCGUUCAACUUCGCAAAAAACAGCUUCCGGCGGAGGUCCUGAAAGGACCUCGCUUUAAAUCCUACCCUACCAUCGGGAUUGAGUUCCUGAAGUGAGGUCCUGAAUGAGGUGCCGAAACGCAACCAUAAUAAAAACAGGCACGCUCGCGAAGCAUGUCAGACGGGGCUCCGAGCCGUGAUGGCCCCGGCAGAUUUCCCAUAUACCAUGCGGAUAAUGCUGCUCUUUCUCAUUGAAAGUCCUCAUCUCUAAACCCUAAAGCCCAUGCCUUAGUUAACUAGUUCAACUUGGAGCUUUGGCUAGUUUCAAUUUCAUAUCUCCAAAAUCAGCCUCACCUGACCAGGUUCGCCUCCGAUCGCACCCAACAGCAGCCGUUAUGGGAUAGCUCUUGAGAUGCUUUUUGUAAUGCAAAUAUAGCAAUAAAAAAUUUUUGAUUUUUUUUAGAGUGAACGGCCCAAUCGCCCUCAUACUACAACCACCACAGCUACAACACAGCAACAUCUUCACAGUGGCAGCAAAGAGAAGGCACCAGCCAUGCGAACAACUGGCAUGGGUCCUCGUACAAUCAUGUCAAUGCGGGGGCACAGCAGCAUCAACACCAGAAUAUCUACGACCAGUACGACCCUGCGCCACCGCCAGGAGUGCAGCAGGUUGCAGGCAGCCCUGGAGCAGCCGCGGCACAGUAUUAUGACCACCAACAGUACAGUUUCAAUGGUUUACAGCAGCGGCCGCAUGCGCAGCAGCACCAAUACGAGCCUGAAAACCAAAAGACACAGCAGGCUGCAGCGGUGCAUCUCCCGGAACAACGUGAAGCGAGCAGUAUUACAACAGCAACCUCCCGGGUUGAAGGAGCCGCGCCACCACCGCCCGUUGAGCUGCUCGAGGAAGUUGCGACAUCCGUUCUUGCUGGGCCGGAAAUUAUCGUGGGAAAUGAAGAACACAAGCCGCAGCUGUCGAAGCAAUCGAGCUCCAGUAGCGAAAACAACUCCUUCAGCGAAAGCUUCGAUUUGCAGGGGGUGAUCGACAAGGCACUGGUGAUGGGGGAAACUACGCCAAAGGGGAGUGAUGUGGCAGCUCGAGUAGGAGAUGAACAAACACAUCGAAGUGCUAUCCAAGCUUCACUGGAGAAGGCGAUUGAAGAAGGAGUAGUUGCACGGGAUCAAAACGAGCAGGAUGAUCAGAUGAACCAGGCUGAUAUUAUCGCGGAGACCGCGCCGAAGAAUAAUGUCACUGCAACUACGGGCACGGCUAUCACGAGCAUAUCAAAUGUAAAAAUGUCUGGGUCUGGAAGGCGGUAACUUGUGAUGCUGUCUUUGGAUUCCAAAAAAAUCUGUCUUGCAUGACUAGCAAAAGGAGUCCAGUUUGUGCUACACGGGGAGGGCAUUUCUCAUGCGGAAUAAGCAUCAGGAAGCCUCUUAAAAAUCUGGGAUGCUAGGGCAUGCAUUACAGGCGUCAUUGGUCAUGCAACAUAUGCAUGACAAACCUGGCAAUCUUCCAGACCCAGGCACUUUUGCAUUUGAUAGAGCAGUCCGAGCAGUAAGGAAAUCUUCACUUCCAGCAGUGGGUACUCGACCAGUAACGAGAACGGCAAGGAGAAAGAACAGAUGAAGAAGGAUCGGGAAGAUGGCAAGAAGAUGCCUGCUGGAGGGGCAACUACGGCUACGGCUAACAUUGAAAUUGACGUGCCUGCAGAGGACGUUUAUCAGGUCGAGGACUUUAGUACGACGACGCAUUCUGCCGUAGUAGUAGCUGAAGCUGCUGCUGAUGCAACGUCCCCAGUAGUAGUUGACCAUGACACGCCCACGCAAGCGCUGCUGCCGCCUUUGAUGCCAACGAUGGUCGAUGCGGGUUUACAGCCACAUUCGCCGCCGGCGGGUGCCGGAGGACCUCCUGUGACUGUUAGUGUUACGCAGCAGCAGCAGCCGCCAACCACGACCACGACCUCGACCACGUUAGUCACUCCCCUUCCUACUUCCCCUUUGAAGCCUUUGACGACGGAACAAACCGCGGAGCAGAAGAAGUGUGAGGACUGGAUGAGGGCUCCCUCGAAGCACGGCUACACGGACUGGGUGUUGCGGCAGCUGUUUCCGAACGACUUUAAUAGUGGGGGCUCCGGUAGAAGUUCUGGUGGUGCUGGGGAAGUAGACAGUGGGGAAGGAGGGAGUAUUAACGGUGACACUGCGCUGCCGAAGGAGGAGAGCGAUGUUCUGACCACCGAGAAGAUGAACAAGAAAAGUGGCUUGGCUCAUGAUGACACAGUGGGGACCACGGCUGAUACAACCUUGCUGCAACACAAGCCCCUCGUCGAAACGCCGACGGAGGGGAACGCGCUGGAGGAAACGCAGUUUGGAAUUUGCGUAUCGCCGAAGAAAACCGAAAGGUUCCGCAACAUGAUCGCGCAAGAGGUGGAUGGCGGUACAACUAAGGUUGUUCCACCGUCUAGUUGUAUCCCAAGGCACCACUCCGGCACGGCGUCGCUGCAAGCAGAAUUAUCCACUUCGAAGGCGAGCUCCUCCGGGUCGGUGGAGCACCAGAAGUUGCUGUUGGGAGGACAAGCGCAUGAGCAGGGAAUUAUGGUGAUGGAAAACGAAGGUUUACCUACGACCACAUCAAGCGCGGCUGCGUUACUCGCUCCACCUGGAGCUGUCGUAGGAGUCCCUCCGACGAACAAUAAAACUCUGAACACGCCGCUCGCCUCUACCGCCAAUGGGGUUUUCCGUGCGUUCUUGCAAAACGCUGCGGAGAAGGCGAAACAGGAGCAGGAACUGCAAGGUGUUGGUUCGGCGGAAAACGAGGACGAAGUUGAUCCGGUGAUGCUGGGAGAAGAAGAAUAUUGCGCAGCAGAAGCUGCGUAUGUUGUUCCUGGGCAAGAGACCACUGAAGAGCAGCAGGUUGCGUACCUGGAAGAUCCGCAUGAGCAGCAUGUUGACCAUAAUUACACGACUCUUGACGCGAACCAAAACUCGUUCUCCAAAAACCGGAUCUACCAGGAAUUCUACCCGAACGCGACCCCCCCGAGUGCAGGAAACAACAACAACAGCAGCAGCUUUGUAGACCAUAACCCGUAUCAAACCAAGCCGAGUCUAUCACAUGUAAAAGUGUCUGGGUCUGGAAGAAUGCAACUUGUCAUGCUAAAUCUGAAGCAUGCAAAAAUCUGUGUUGCAUGAUUACCAAAAGUCGCCCAGGUUUGACCAAGUCGGGAGGGAGUUUCUCAUGCAGGAACGGCAUGAGAGAGAUCGCGCAGAAUCUGUCAUGCUAGGUCCUGCACUCCAGACCUCAUGGGUGAUGGAAAAGCUGCAUGACAAAUCGCGCAUUCUUCCAGACCCAGACAUAUUUGCAUUUGAUAGAGUCUGGCCGUUACCGAAUUCACGCCCGGCGCGUCCGAGCACAUCACGCAAAAUACGGACCAGCAGAUGGGAUUGGGAAUCACGGCGGCUGAGGAGACCGCCUAUCUGAACAGCAACAGCCCGCAUUUUUUGGUGCAGGACCUUGUGACAGCGGGUGUUGGUGGUCACUCGGAUCCGUGGGUCACGGGAGAUCAGCAGUAUAACUUGGGUGACCCGCACAGCAGCUCGGACAUGGAACAUCAAUACGGCCAGCACCAAGGUCCAGGGGUUGAUGGUAAUAAUUACCAGCACAUGGUGCACUACGGCGACACGACAACAAACGAAGAGCAUUUGACAACUGCUUCGGGCGUACCGCUUACCGGAAAUACAAAUACUAGUGCAACCACUGCUGUUGACUUAGAUCAACACCCUGCACAUCACCUGUCGACGAACGUCCACGACAUUCUUUCCUUCGACCCGAUGCUGAUUCUCUCCCCGAUCGAGGGCCAGAACUCGUUACUUGAUCCGGCGGUUUUCGCGGGAACGAACUUUUUCGAACAAGGCGCAGAUCAACAACAUCAUGCGACUCCCGGCGGUGCUGUUGCACCGCCGCUGGCACAGGUACAUAACCAGACUAGUGCACCAGCAGCCAUCUCAUCCGGUGAGGAAGAAUUGAUCACGCCAACGAAUUCGAGCAGCUACUACACCGCGAGUUACAAGUCCUCGCGGGGAACAAAUAACUCGCAGCAGGGAGGGGAUUCUCUUUCGCCGUCGAAGAACAGUUCGUUUAACAACAUGAAAAACGCGAUGAAUGGAACGCCGAAACAAGCUGUGGGUGGUGGAAAUGCAACUACAUCUUCCAACAGUGCAGCUGCGCCGAUGAACAAUGUGAUGCACCACCCUGGGCUGCACCAGUGGGGUCCAGCUCCUGGAGGGUCUUCGCAUCCCCCGGCGGGCGGCCCGUUGCCACCUCCUGGAGUCGUCACCGCGAUGCCACCGAUUCUCCCGCCCACCGUAGCCGGAACGGCCGUUGUGCCCCCGGUGACGGCGAUGCUCGCGGGGCCGCCGAUGAUGCCGCCACCGAACAUGAUGAUUCCCCCACCGAUGAUGCCGCCGCCGCCCAACAUGGCGCCGCCGCCGGUUUUGCCGCCAAACCUUCAACAUGGGCAGCAACACUUAGUGCAGCACCAAAAUCAGCAGCAAUUCCGACACCAACAUCACGCCGACAACAUCCCGACCCGGCGGCCCCGGGGCCACCCGCACAUCUCCCGACAGCCUGCAGUGAACGAUUCUGGGAUUGCGAUGUCCAUGACAGUGGGCCCCGAGAUCCGGAUGGUGAACUCGACCCGAAACCACUACCGGAAGGCGCCGGCGUCGGUGCCUUCGCACAGUUCCUCGAGUUCGAACCCGAGUAACAUCUCCACUCCGAUCAAAGCCCGGAGCAAGGACAAGCAGUCCGUGAGCAGCUCUGGAGGGCAUAAUUCCUCGUCCGCGCCGCACCAUUACAACUACAUGUACGCGAUGAGCAACGCGAGCAAGGUGAAUUCGAAAAACAAACUCACCGGGCAACCGGAACCGACACUUCUACAAAAGCGGAAGCAGCCGUCGAAGCGGGAGCAGAAAAUCAUGGUGUUUAUCUGCAAUUCGCGCAUGCUGGUGGACCCGUUUGCCGUCGGGAACUGGUUGCAGGAGCGGCGGGGAAGCAAGUCAAGCAAAUCGCAGUCCAAAUCGCAGUCGGAGGAGGAUGGAAGCUCGAAUUCUGUGAAGUCCAGCAAGCUGAGUUGCAGUGAGGCGAGCAGUUCGAAAGACCAUGCGGAGAUCGGAGCCGUAGUUCAGGACAAUUUGAUGAAGAACACAACUUCGACUUCCGAGGAAGAAGACGGGGAGUUGAUGCCCACGGAAAACGAAUUAGAGCAAUAUGCGACCGAAUUUGACGAAUGGCUGAUGAUGAAGCAGGCUGAAAAACCGAAAUCCAACAGCAAAAGCCGCUGGUUGCCACCGGAGGGCGCGUACCAGAACUUGAACGAGGGUGGUUCUUCUUCGGGGAUGAACAGUGGGGAAGUGAGCGAGUUGGAGGAAGACGUCUUCACGUUCCAAAGUGAUCAACCGCUCCCGCAACGGGAAAUUUCCACGGCUUCGAGUAAGAACGGGCCAUCUUCAUCUUCGAAUGGUGGUGCAGCUUAUCCGCCGGGUAUGCUUCCACCGGGCCCGGUGCCGGAUCCGCACGGAACGAACCCGCAUCUGCCGAAGGGGAGUUAUCAAGUGCAAAUGUGUCUGGGUCUGGAAGAGUGCAUGUUUGUCAUGCUUGUCUGGCAUGAGACUCUUUAAAUCUGUCAUGCACGUAUUACCCAAGAUCCUCAUUUUUCUGUCAUGCAGAAAGAACGCAGUUUGUCAUGGGGAAGAGGCAACACCUACAAGCUCAGAAACUUGUCCUGCUGAGCCAGCACUUGUGGCCUCCUCAUGAUACGCCACCCAGCAUCACAAGUUUCCAGACCCAGACAUAUUUGCAGUGCAUAGGAGUGUUUGGAAGACGUCGUCCGCGAACGCCCACGAGCUCCGGGGGUACGAUAUCCUGUGCAAAAGUAUCGUACUCGUACUAAUUGCAGAUACGCAUGACAAAUCCAACUUUCUACCUGAAAUAGCAUGACAAAUUGAAUUUUUUUUCUUGGGAAAAUUUGGAAUGCGUUUAUACUAGUACGAUGGAUACUUUUGCAAUUUAUAUACGACCGCGUGGCGCAUACGGCUCCGGGGAUGGAUACGGACCAGCAGCUGCAGGGUAACAUGAAUCAUGCUAGUAGUUCUUUGGGGAAUAAUCCGAAAGAUUUAGUCGAAGCUGCUACUUUUGCCUGGGUCGGGGAAAACCCGCCGCCGGGGUUUCAGAGUCAGAACAGUAAUAAAGCGGUGAAAAGCGCGGGAGCUGGGGGGUUUGUGCCCCGGAAUAUGAUGAGCACGAGGUACUAAUAAAUUAGUUGGAAUUGUUAUUGUUGAGUUUGUCAUGCGAGAAUGUGGUACUGCUAUGCAAGGGAAAUCUGUGAUGCGUAAAGAUGCCACUACAAAAAAAAUUAUCAGGCAACAACUACCGGGUCCGACGUACCCACAUCCGCAGGGAGGGAACAUGGGGCCGACUACGUAUACGCGGGCGAAGGGGGGCUUUCCGUGA